GAACUUAGGACGUUCUUUCCACUUUGGUCACCAAACAUUGAGACUUUUUCUCCACCGGAAAUACCAAUCCAUAUCUAACAUUUUUCCCAUUUAUGGACAUAAAAGUCAAUGACAAUGCUGACAGAAAUAGAAUGUUUGUUCGUUUUUUUCAGUUACAGAAUGUUUGUUCUUUAUAUAAACACAUCGAGAUCUAAUCCUUCCAAUCGGAACGGAUUUCCUUAAUGGUAACAAAAGACAGAAAAUGAAGAUAGAGAUCAUAUCAAAGGACACAAUAGAGCCGAGCUCUCAACCUCCUCCUCACCUCAGGACCUACAAGCUCUCCCUCCUGGACCAGAUCUCCCCUCCAUAUUACGUCCCCGUGGUCCUCUUCUACCCCGCCCCCAAUCCCGGACUAAUUAAUGGAGCUGAUGCCGUCGACCACAAUACCGUAUUCAAUAGCCUCCAGAAAUCCCUGUCCGAAGCUCUCAGCGUCUACUACCCUUUAGCCGGAAGAAUAAGAGGAGAUGAUCCUAACUCCGUGGACCUUCACGGCGGAGGCGCUCUGUUUGUAAAGGCUCGAGUUCCCGGUGCUCCUCUAUCGGGUUUCCUCGCGAAUCCUGACUUGGAUUUGAUCGGGAACCUUCUCCCCCUGGAUCCUUAUAAUGUCGGUGGAUCCGAUAGCAAGAGUGAUCUUGUUGUCACCGCGAUUCAAGCCAGUAUUUUCGAAUGUGGAGGGAUCAGUCUCGGCGUCUGUAUUUCUCACCGAGUUGCUGAUGGGGCCACCCUCUCCACUUUUCUCGACUAUUGGGCUGCGAGUUCGAUAGGAUCGAGUAGGAAACUGGUCUCCCCGAGCCUAGAUGCAGCUAUUCUCUUCCCACCGAGGGAUGAAUUCCGUGACCACGCACAGAAUGACGUGAUCAGGAAGGAGAAGGUCGUCACGAAGAGGUUCGUGUUUGAAUCCUCAAGCUUGGCCUCUCUGAGAGAGAGUGCGGCAAAGGGCUCAAGCAUUGGGAAGCCUACUCUGGUUGAGGCUGUGACAGCAUUAAUCUGCAAGUCUGCCAUGAAAGCGAGGAAGCACGCUCACGGGACGGAGGGACAGACUUCUUCCUCAACUGUGAUAACCCAUAUCGUGAACUUAAGAGGAAGAAGGAUUCCGCCAUUACCAGAGCAUUCGUUAGGGAACAUAUGGAGGUUUGCAAUAGCAGCAAUCAGAGAGGAAGCAAGCAAGGUGGAGCUAUGCGACUUGGUGGGCCACCUGAGGCAAUCAAUACGGAAGAUCGAUGCUGACUACGUGAGGAAGCUCGAAGGUGAGGAUGGGUUUUACCACGCGUGCGAGUCGUUCAAGGAAAUGAGCAAACUCAAGUACGAAGGGGAAGGCGAGGUGGAGUCUUACCGGUUCAGUAGCUGGGUGAGGUUCCCUUUCUACGAGGUGGAUUUCGGGUUCGGGAAGCCGGUCUGGGCUUGCAAUAGCAAAGUCCCUAUACGGAAUGUGGUGAUCCUUAUGGCUACGAGGUCGGGAGAUGGAAUAGAGACAUGGGUGACGCUAGAUGAGGAUGAGAUGCACAAGUUUAUGAAUGACCCACUGCUCUUGCAAUUUACGGCGACUAGUUGAGCAUUAUUGAUAGGAACAUAAGAGGGUCACGGCUGGUUUGAAAAGGCUAGCACGUCUCUUGUAAAUGAUUUGGUACAUAUAAAUGGAACGGAAUGAAUAUGUAUAAGUUUGGUAUUGGUAUUGAGGAAAAAAAAAGAUAAUUUUUAAUUAA